UACGAUUUGUAUCCACACAUACAUUCUGAGGGCCAUAACAAGACAUGCGAAUUACGUGUUGAUAUAGCGAACCGACUUGGAGGCUCGGCAAAUAUCGGUAUGUGAACACAGGGCAUGCAACUGUCAUCGUGACCGCUCUUGAGAAGUAUAAUGUGGACAUAGUCACACUAACGCAUGCCAGCCGCUGGCGACCUUCAGAAGGAUGUGGCGUAGAAGUUAAUAGACACCUCCGGCAAAUUCGAAUCUCCUCUGAUCUAGGCAUCCGUCCGGAAUAUAACCGUCGAUGCAUCGAGUAAUGGAGUACCGACUUUCAGGUUCAAACAUUCAGUACUGUCACUGCUGCAGGGAACUCACCCCACGGCCGUUCUGAAAGACCGAUGGGGUCUGCACCCUCAGAUGUCAUGGUCACCUGUUCGUUGUGCUUAAUGAAUUGUAUCCAAACCGAGGACGAGAAGUACAACAUGCCUUCAAGGACCAUCUUCGUCUUCUGCGAUGGCACUGGAAACGACGGAGCUCUUUCUGUCGGGGAAUCCGACGUGCGCGCCGCUGUAGAACGUGCAGCCGCUCAAGGUGGGACAGCCGUGCCGGCGAGUGCUGCCAACAGUGGUCGAACGCGUGCAGUUGGUGGCGGUGGAAGCGGCCAUCAGAAUGCGACCAACGUUCUACGACUCUCUCGUGCCAUCAAGCCUGCAACAAACAAUGGAGAAGAGCAAUUAGUCUUGUAUCUGAGCGGAGUUGGCAGCGAGGCCGACUUCAACGGUGAAGGCAACGCAGCCACCGCCUCUUUGCAGGCUCUGGGAACCGCUGUUGCAAGCAAGAUACGUGACGGAUACGUCUAUAUAGCACAGAAUUUGCAGAAGGGCGAUCGUGUCUGCAUAUUUGGAUUUUCCAGGGGUGCAUAUACGGCUAGGAAGCUUACUGCCUUAAUUGAAUCCAUUGGACUCUUGGAAACACAGAAGCUUGGAUUCUUCUUCCAGAUCUGGAAAGAGCUCUACGAUAAUAUUCAACCCAACAUUCCGCCCGGCACACGUGUCGUGGUUGUCGGUGUAUGGGACACUGUCGGAUCUGUCCGUGGUGCCAUCGACGUUCUCAAUAUCAAAGACAAUUUUCUUCCGCCGAGCAUUGACGUCGCUCUCCAUGCAGUCUCUAUACAAGAUAACCGGGAUAAGUUCUUACCCACCCUCUGGGUAAAGCCUCCUGGCGGGCUGCGAAAUGGCCAAAUCUUCAAAGAAAUAUGGUUCCCCGGUGCCCAUGCAGACGUUGGAGGAGGCUAUGAACGUCACGAGCUCUCUGAUAUAGCUCUGUUUUGGAUGGCGGGGGAGAUAUCUUCGCUGGUGUCUAACAACAUCAUCAAUAUCGACCUUGAUUUCCUAGCUUCCAUUCGUCAGCCCAAACCUGACCCAUGGGGAACCUCGCAGCCCAACAACACCUACUAUAAUACGCCUUGGUGGCAGAAAGCCAUCAUUAGGCCAGAGACUCGCCUGGAUAGCGGACAGAUCACGCGUGACGUGCUCUUCCAUGAGAGCUUCAAAUCUGCCCCUACCACGCUCACUCACCCUGAUCACAUGGUUACGAUGAAUACUCUCAAGCAGAAAUUUGGUACCUCUUGGUCUCCCACUUGCCCACCUCUAAAUGCUUUUGAGCAGCGCUGCAAGAAUCAGUGGAAUAGCACGCUCGAGGAUCCCGGCAUUCCGUUUGAACGAAUGGACGAUCUGUUUGAUAGGUCAUUUUUGGAUGAAGAAGCCCCAACCUGGGUCGCCAACAAAGUAUCCAAAGAUGCCGUCGCAGGUGGUUGGGACGCGGACGCCUUACCCCUUUGGGUUGCUCGCGCUCCAUACCAAGGAGGGCUUCAUCCUGGAAAGGCUUCUCUCUCAAUUUUCUCUGGCGUUAUGAUCAGCUAUGACGGCAAAGAAAUCAAUAUCAAGAGUGGUUACGAGGUCUUGUCGGCCGAUGUCGCAGCUAUCGGUUGGAAAGGAUGUAAGGGACCCUUCAGUUUGUCGAAGUUGGGAGAUGCUAUCCCAGUGGCCGUCGGUUAUGAAAAGGAUGGAACGCCCUUGUAUUCCGUUCGAGCCAUCUACGGCAAUGGAGUUCACUGCGGGAAAGUCAAGGACGGCUCCACUGCUAUUAUCCCGUAUGGAGAGUUGGAAGUUUUCGUGGAUAUCUAUCAAGUCCUCGUUUGGGAUGACUCUUUUGGCGAUUGGUUGCAACGAGUUUGAAUUGCCGAAUGCAUUUAAAGUGGAUUUAUACCGUCUUGAUACCAUCUCUCGGGUCCAAUGUGAUCCUUGUAUGUACUAGUAGCGGCCGUGUGUGGACAUGUAUUCGAGAAUGACUGAAUGACAAUGUGAUUGUUGGCUUGUGAUUACGAGGCUGAAAUGUCCACCUUACAAUAACAUAUCCUCUGUUUG